ACAGCCUGGCUGAAUUACUGAAAACAUAGCAGAAAUUAACAAGAACUUAAGAAACCAGAGUUUGCAUAACUUAUCAAUCAAUUAAUAUAUACACGUGUCAUAAACGCAAGGUAAACAAAAGCUUAGUAAUUAUUCAAAGGAUUUAAAUAAAGUUACGGAAGAAAGCACUUGACUGCUUGAACCAACUGCUUCGUCGAUUUAAAAAAAAAAAAUUGUAGUACACUUUUUUUUUUUUUUUUUUUUUUUUUUUACGACUGCAAAUUGAAAACAUUUCUAGGAAAAUGAGUUCCGCAUUGGAGGAUCCUACUUUAGAAAGGCAUUUUAAAGGUCACCGAGACACCAUUACCAGUGUUGACUUGAACCCCAACAUGAAACAGAUUGCCACUGGCUCUAUGGAUUCCUGCCUGAUGGUGUGGAAUAUGAAAGCUCAGAUGAGGGCCUACAGGUUCGUGGGUCACAAAGACGCAGUGAUGUCGGUGCAGUUCUCUCCCUCAGGACACCUUGUAGCAUCGGCAUCCAGGGACAAAACAGUCCGCCUCUGGGUACCCAGCGUCAAAGGAGAAUCCACUGUAUUUAAAGCUCACACAGGAACAGUACGAAGUGUCAAUUUCUCCAGUGAUGGGCAAUCCUUAGUUACAGCAUCAGAUGACAAAACGGUCAAAGUAUGGGCAGUACACAGGCAAAGGUUCCUCUUCUCACUCAAUCAGCACAUCAAUUGGGUUCGCUGUGCCAAGUUUUCUCCUGACGGGCGAUUAAUCGUCUCAGCAGGUGAUGACAAGACCAUUAAAAUCUGGGAUAAAACUAGCCGCGAUUGUAUUCACUCGUUUUAUGAGCAUGGAGGCUAUGUCGGUUAUGUAGAUUUCCACCCUAGCGGUACGUGCAUAGCUGCUGCCAGUUCAGAUAACACAGUGAAAGUGUGGGAUAUUCGAAUGAACAAGCUGCUGCAACAUUACCAAGUGCACACUGCUGUGGUAAAUGGGCUAUCGUUCCAUCCAUCUGGAAACUAUCUCAUCACAGCGUCGAAUGACUCCACACUGAAAAUCUUGGAUUUAUUGGAGGGAAGGCUACUGUACACACUCCAUGGCCAUCAGGGUCCAGCUACCUGUGUGGCCUUCUCCAGGGCUGGGGAUUACUUUGCUUCAGGUGGUUCCGAUGAACAGGUCAUGGUGUGGAAAACUAACUUUGACGCUGCAGAUUAUGAAGAGGUGCUGAGAUCCCAACAAAGAGCCACCAGUGUGAACAGUGCGGUCCAAUCCGGGGAAAGACAGUCAAGGUCAUCACUACGGGCCUCUUCAAGGUCACGUGGAGUGGAGUCACAGUCCUCAGAAGGAUUUGAGUUCUCAGACAUUUCCCAUGUUGAGAAAAGGAGUCUGAGCCAGACUUGUCCUUCACAGGUUCCCAAAGAUACUCCUGUCUCAUCUCCAACCUCACGACAGCAGCAGCCUCAGGACAAUGGGGUUCCAGCAGCCCUGGCUAGCACCCUGGAACAUAUAGUGUGCCAGCUGGAUGUCCUUACCCAGAGCAAAUUGAACAGAAGAAGUGGCGAUGAAACUCCCCGGGCAGCAUAUCUUAUGCAUACUGGGCUGCAGUGCUCUACGGUUCAAACCAAAGCCAUUACCUGCAGUACGAUAAAAAGGUAGAGGUAGCAUGUGUUUAGUUUCAUUUCUGGUUAAUAAAAAAAAAAAAUGGUCCGUGUCGUUUGUCUGCUGUAUUUAAUAAGAGGAGAGGUUCCGAUAUCGAAACGCUACACUGAGCUGGGGUGUGACAUAGAGGGCGCUGUUGACUGCAAGAGUGGCUGAAGACUUAUGUGGUGUGGGCAUGUGACCCUGUAUUAGCCAGUUGGGCUGCUACAGUUCAGGUUUUAAUUAACCAGUAAUGGUAGCAAAGGAAAUACAUUGCUUUACUACAUAGAGUUAAAAGUACAGUGGGCUAAUCCCCCCCACCCCCCCUCUUAUUCCAAUGAAUAAGCCUACGUAUCAUUGAAAAAUGUU